AUGAAAUGUGAUGGACUGAGAGAGUGUGAGAUAAACACUCGAGAACUGGAACAAGAUCCAUGUUUUGGCACCUACAAGUACUACACUACCAACCACAUUUGCAUCCCAGCAGAAACAAGUGUGACUUGUCAGGAUGGAUACAGUUACUUGAAACGUAGUGAGCAAUUUUACUUUAACUUUGAUACUGCAAACUAUGGACGUACAGAUAAAAUCAUCUGCUCUGAAGGACGUCCAUCCAGUGAGCUCCAAAACACCAACUGCUAUUCACCCAAUGCGCUGGCUCCUGUGUCCAAAAGCUGCAAUGGCCUGGAAAGUUGUGAGGUGUUUGCGACACAUACAGUCUUUGCUGAUCCCUGCGUUGGCAUAUACAAGUACCUCACGAUCUCUUAUUUUUGUGUCCCACCCGCAGUCCAUGAGUGUUCAAGUGUGAUCUGCGAACAUGCAAAUAAUACCCUGAUGUGUGCUGAAUGUUAUUUUUUUUCCGAUCAAGGGACUGUCAUACGCAUUCACAGCACUAACUACGGCCGAACUGACAGCAGCACGUGCUCUACUGGACGACCUGCUUCUCAGCUUGCCAAAACUGACUGCUACGCCUCAAACUCCCAGGCAAUGACUACUUAUGGGUGCAAAGGAAAAAAUAGCUGCUCCCUAGUCGCCUCCAAUGGCGUCUUCUCAGAUCCAUGUACUAACACAUUCAAGUAUCCGUACGUCUCUUACAGCUGCAUACAUAACUGUAAGUGUUACUGUGUACAGUGA